GUUGUGGACGAGUGCUGGUUCGCAGCCCAAAACGGAGCAGGGAGGAAGGGGGCGCCCCGAGAUAUUUGGAAGGAUAAAGGGCGAUGACCACACCGGCGGGCUCCGGCACGGGUUUUGGCACCGUGUCCUGGUGGGGUCUGUCCCCGGCGCUGGACCUGCAGGCUGAAAGCCCUCCUGUGGACCCAGACUCACAGGCAAAUACAGAGGACAGGACCACCGAGCUAGAUGUACUGUUGUUGGGCUCAGUGGAUGGACGGCAUCUCCUCCGGACCCUGGCCAGGGCGGCGCUUUGGCCUCGCAGAAGGUUCAACUUCUAUGUGCUGGAGAAUAAUUUGGAAGCUGUGGCCCGACACAUGCUGAUCUUCAGCCUAGCCCUGGAGGAACCUGAGAAGAUGGGGCUGCAAGAGAGGAGCGAGACCUUCCUGGAGGUAUGGGGCAACGCGCUGCUUCGUCCCCCGGUGGCUGCCUUUGUGCGAGCCCAGGCCGACCGCUUGGCUCACCUGGUCCCCGAGCCUGAUCGCCUGGUGGAGCAGCUGCCCUGGCUCAGCCUCAGCGCCCUCAAGUUUCGCGAGCGGGACGCCCUGGAGGCCGUGUUCCGCUUCUGGGCUGGCGGGGAGAAGGGGCAGGAGACCUUCCCCAUGAGCCGCCUCUGGGACUCGCGGCUGCGCCACUACCUGGGCUCCCGCUACGACGCCCGGCGCGGCGUCAGCGACUGGGACCUGCACAUGAAGCUGCACGACCGCGGGGCCCAAGUCAUCCACACCCGCGAGUUCCGACGCUGGAGGGACACAGGUGUCGCCUUUGAACUCAGAGACUCCAGCGCCUACCACGUGCCCAACAGGACCCUGGCGUCCGGUCGCCUCCUGAGUCACCACGGAGAGCGCGUGGCAGUGCGCGGGUACUGGGGGGACAUUGCCACGGGUCCCUUCGUGGCCUUUGGCAUCGAAACGGACGACGAGAGCCUCCUGCAGACCAGCAACGGACAGCCGGUCAAGACGGCGGGCGAGAUCACACAGCACAACGUGACAGAGCUGUUACGCGAGAUGGCCGUCUGGGGGCGCCCGAGAGCCGCCCAGGGCUACCCCGUGGGGGAGCAGCCCCUCCAGGACCGAACCGCGGAGCCACGCCCUUCAGCAGCCCCCGCCCCGGAAUCCUUCACUGUGCACUUCCUGUCCCUCGGUUCCGCCCAGACUCUCCACCACAAGAGCUGCUACAAGGGCCGGUUCCAGCUUCUGUAUGUGGCCUGUGGAAUGGUCCAGCUUCUUAGCCCUGAGCUCGGGGCCUGCCUGGCCCCUGGAGGGAAUCUGAUUGUGGAGUUAGCCCGGUACCUGGUGGACCUGAGGCAGGAGCAGCUGCAGGGGUUCGCCACCCGGGUCGGGGAGCUAGCUCAGGCGGCCGGAUUUGCCCCGCAGAUCGGCGCCAGGCCCUCGGAGACCUUCGCGCGCUUCUACAAGUCCGGGGACCUUGCUCCUGCCAGCAUUGACCCAGCCAUGGAAUCCGGAACUCCGCCCCCUGAAGUCCUGGCUCCCUCUCUUGAAGCAAUGAGCCCGCCCUGUGAGGACCAGAUCCAGCAACUAGAAGGACGGGCUCCAGGCUCUGAGCCCCUUGAGCUACCCUCACUGUCUCAGGGUUCACUCUUGGAGGCUCUGGCUCCAAUCCAGGAGGCUCUGGCCACGCCCAACAGUGAGUCAGACUCCCAAACCAGAGUCUGACCCCACCCCAAGAGACCGAGUCCCUCAUCUCUAACAUCUAAAAUCAGGUUCUUGGGGCCUGCCCUUGGCUCACUCAGGAGAGUGUGGUGCUAAUGAUACCAAGGCCACGGGUUCGGAUCCCAUAUAGGGAUGGC